GACGGUAACCUGGAAUAAGUCGAGCGGUUAAGAUGGCUGCUCAGGGCCUGGAUCAGACGAUCCUGCGGGAUCCAGCUCUCUUCUACUGGAUCUUGGUUCCCAUUUCAGUGGUCAUGAUACUCACCGGUAUCCUCCGUCACUAUGCCACCAUCCUAAUGACCAGCGCCCCUAAACCAGCUGCCAGCCUGGCCGAAUUCCGGGAAAGACUCGCUCUCUUCCGUGGUAUCAACUUGCGGACUAAUGCGUCUGCCGUCCUUACGCCCUCAAGCCUAGCAUCUCGCAAGGCAUACUUGGUCAACGCUUAUAAAACUGGUGCUUUUUUGAAAGAUCCGGAAAACCGUGGUGGCGGGGCACCAAACCCAAUGACGGACCCGGCUGGUAUGGAUGCAAUGAUGGGGAUGAUGAAAGGGAAUAUGGCCAUGAUGAUUCCGCAGACUCUUAUAAUGUCAUGGAUCAAUGCGUUUUUCUCCGGAUUUGUUAUACUGAAACUUCCAUUCCCGUUGACUAUUCAGUUUAAAUCCAUGCUUCAAUCAGGUGUCAUGACCCGAGAUCUUGAUGUGAGAUGGGUCUCCAGUUUGUCUUGGUAUUUUUUGAAUCUGUUUGGGCUCCAGUCCGUUUUUGGUUUUAUAUUGGGAAGUGACAAUUCCGCUGGUCAAGUGAUGCAGCAAGUAGGCGUAACGAACCCUGCCGUGAAUCCAUUUCAACCUGGCCAAGAUCCAGAGAAAAUCUUCCAGGGAGAAGCAGAGAACAUUGAAGUUAUGGAGCACUACUGCAUUCUAGAUGGAAUUGAAGAGCGGAUACUACAGAAGGCAUCGUAA